AUGAUAUCUGUGACAUUCAGCUGGAAUAAUGGAACUCAACAAACCGUAAAUGUACACGAAUUAUCCCCACUUUCAGAAGCAGUAUAUAUGGCAUAUUUAAAUCAAGAAACAAGCAUCGAACCAUAUAUCAUUAAAAAUGGUAAGUUGCUUGACUUACAACUUUCAUUGAAAAUCCAAGGUAUAGUCGAUGGAGACAAGCUUUCAAUAUAUGAACCGAAGUCAACUAGUUCCGAAAUGGACCAACCACAAAUUACCUCCUUUGCCGACAAAAUAAAGGGCUUAAUGAAUGAAGCUAUCAGAUUAAAUGAUAAUGCAAUGUCGCGGUUAGAAUCACAGACUAAAUUAUAUAGAACGAUUCAAUCAUUGGCAUUAUCAAUCCCAGAAGAAGAUGAAUAUAGCGAAUAUGAUCGCAUGUUUAAUAAGACUAUCAUUCCGACAAAGUCUGAUAAGCCUUCCACAGAAGCGAUCCCAAUUAAGUUUACUCAGUAUCCAUCAUACCCCGAGUUUGAUGAUAAUGAAAUGAGUGAUCUUGGACUUUCUUCCAUGUUUGAAACUAUAGAGCAAGCAGGAAAAUACUUUUCCAAACAUUCUGUUACAGAAUGGGCUUGGUAA